CCUCCCCGGUCGGCUUUCCCGAAUCUACAACAAAAGCUCCCUCAAAAGCAAGGAGCAAUGAAAAAGCAGAACCACGGUUCCAACAAUAAGCAUAACAACACCACCACCACCACCACCACCAUCAUCAUCAUCAUCAUCAUCAUCAUCAUCAUCAUCAUCAUCAACUAUCAAAACAUGUGUCCACAACAACAAAGACAAUCCUUAUUCGUUUACCCAUACAACACCAACCCUUCAACUCAAAGUAUGUAACAAACCACUGGAGCAAAAAUCCAACCUAACCCUCCAACGCA